AUGGCCACCAACGGCACCAAUGGCACCAACGGCACCAAUGGGGUGCACGAGAAGACCAGCAAAUUCGACCCCAAUUUCACACAACAUGUUAUUGAACUCAUGAGCCCCGAGACAAAACCCAGGCAUAGAGAGAUUCUCACCUCCCUAAUUAGACACGUGCACGACUUCUGCCGAGAAGUCGAACUCACACAGGAAGAAUGGAUUCUCGGCGUCAACUAUAUCAACUCUCUUGGCCAAGCUUACAAGAAGAACCGAAAUGAGACAUGGAGAGUUUGUGACAUCUUGGGCGUUGAGUCCCUUGUCGACGAAAUCAAUCACAAGAUCGUCACGGACGAUGGCCGCGCCCCAACAUCUUCCACUAUUCUCGGACCCUUUUGGUCGCCCGAAACACCAUUUCGGGAUUUAGGUGCAAGCGUGGUCCAGAACAUGCCAGCAGAUGGCCAAUUUACAUUCUUCCAUGGUGUCAUCAAAGAUGUCGAUACCGGAAAGGGCAUUCCAGGAGCAGUCUUCGACAUGUGGCAGGCUAGCACGAAUGGAAAAUACGAUGUCUUCGACCCCGAGAACCAGAGUCGUCACAACCUUCGAGGCAAAUUUCGUACCGACGAGAAUGGCAAAUUUUCCUUUUAUUGCCUCAAGCCUACCGAAUAUGCCAUUGACACAUCUGGACCUUCUGCUGAGCUACUCAGGAUCAUGGGCCGCCAUCCCUUCCGUCCGGCCCAUAUUCACAUGAUGGUGACUCACCCCGACUACGUCGGAGUAACCGCUCAGUUAUACCCAAGGGACGACCCUUAUCUGGAGACAGAUACUGCUUGUGCAGUCAAAGACGAUCUUCUUUUAGAUUUUAAACCUGUUCAGAAUGAACCGAAUGGCGCUACGCUCGAUGUGGAGUAUGAUGUGAGGUUGGUAUCGAACAAGUACAAACCCAAUAGCACUAUGUUGAUGGAGAACGCAAAUCAGAACAAGUUUUAG